AUGCAUCCUACCCAAUACGCUUCAUUACUUUUCUGCUUCCUUGCAGUCUUUGUCAACCUUUCGUAUCAACAAAGGCCCGGACUCCCUAGUGGCAAAGACAUGGAUUUUCCUGAUUGUCCGCCAAAUUGCGACUGCAUGAUAAUCACGGAUCCUACUACAGGUCAACCAGUGGCCGUGUGUGUUGGUUACGGAGAUAAUCUUUCCAAAGGCGAACCAGCAGCUUCUCCAUCGAAACGUCGUUUUGCCCUUGCUCGCCGUGAUUCUCCAGUGCCAGAGACACCCGAUGCCUCAGCCGAUUUCCCAGAGAGUGUAUACUCUGAGCAUCACGACGACCGUUCGUCUCAUAACGACGAUAAUCACAUGUCCUCAUCAAACUAUCGACCUUCCCACUCAGAUAACUCAAGACAUUCAUCUGCUUCCGUCAUAGAGUUCCCCCGAAUUGUUUAUCUCCUUCCUGUAAUGCUGGCGAUGCUAGUGCUUUAG